AUGGAGAGUCCUCCAAGCUUCUUGCGGAAAACAAUGGUUCGCGUGCUUCUCUUGGGCCUUGUUAUCAUCCUUGUUCGUUUUGCUUACGUGGUCACCAUCACUGGUGAAUCCUGCAAUCGGGGCGACUUCUGCUUCUUCUCUCUCCCUAACAAUCUCAACCUCGUCAUCUCCCCAGCCGAUGAUCUCCAUUGGAUCAAAUCCGUUCAGUUCUACUCCUCCAUCUUCCACGAUCUUAUCUCCGAGGGUUACCUCUCCCCGGAAUCGAAGACGCUGUGUGUAGAAACAACGGCUUUGGGGCAAGAGGUCUUCUCCCUUAGAGAGAUUGGUGUCAAAAAUUCCAUCGGCAUCUCUAAGAAAGCUUACAUGCCGUUGGUUGUUAGAGGCCAAGGACACGCUAUACCUUUCCAGGACAACACUUUCGAUUUCAUCUUCUCCGGUGGUGGCCGCCUUGGGAAGUCGUUGAAGCAGUUGGAGUUUGCCGAGGAGAUCACUCGGACCCUGAAACCCCAGGGCUUUGCGGUGGUUCAUGUUGCUGCCACAGAUACCUACAGUUUCAAUUCAUUCCUUGAUUUGUUUAAUUCUUGCAGUUUGGUUAAGAUGCGUGAUUUAGACGGCGGCGGCUUUGAUUCCUCCUCCAUGCCUCAUAUCAGAGAGUUUGUUAUUCAGAAGGUUGCACACCAGACGAUGAAGAAUUCUGGUGGUGGUGCUGGUGAUGGCAAGUGCUGGAUCCCUGGUUACAAGAGAGACUUGAUUCGGGAUGCUGAGCCUCUCAUUCAAGAGGAGCCUCUUAAGCCAUGGAUCACUCUCAAGAGGAACAUUCAGAAUGUUAAAUAUAUCCCUUCCAUGGUAGACAUACGUUUCAAGAGUAGAUACGUAUACGUUGAUGUUGGUGCUCGAAGUUACGGUUCAAGUAUCGGGAGCUGGUUCAAGAAACUGUACCCCAAGCAGAACCAAACGUUUGAUGUUUUCGCCAUCGAGGCUGACAAGGCCUUUCACCACGAGUAUAAGAUCAAGAAGAAGGUGCAGCUAUUGCCAUUUGCAGCUUGGGUCAGGAAUGAGACUUUGUCCUUUGAGAUCAAUCACGAUCCGGGCAAGGAAGUUGAAGCCAAAGCAAUGGGCAGCAGGGGGAUGGGCAGAAUCCAGCCAGUUUCAAAAUCUUCCUCGAGCUUAGCUGGAGAGGUGAAUCUGAUUCAAGGGUUCGAUUUUGCUGACUGGUUGAACAAGAGUGUGAGAGAGAGGGACUUCGUUGUGAUGAAGAUGGAUGUUGAAGGAACCGAAUUUGAUCUGAUCCCCAGGCUAAUCAAGACCGGAGCCAUUUGUCUAAUUGAUGAGUUGUUCCUUGAAUGCCAUUACAACAGGUGGCAGAGAUGUUGUCCUGGCCAAAGGAGCCUAAAGUACAACAAAACUUAUAACCAAUGCUUACAGCUCUUCACUUCGCUCAGACAAAGUGGUGUGCUUGUCCAUCAAUGGUGGUAA